AUGAAAGUGUCACCGCUUGAAAUUAUGCAAGCCAUAAUCAAAGGCAAAGUGGACCCAGCAAAUGUUUCGGAAUCUGGUGCUUCUGCUUCCGAGGUGGCAACUUUGAUCCUUGAGAAUCGUGAGUUUGUUAUGAUCUUAACUACUUCCAUCGCGGUUUUGAUCGGCUGCGUUGUCGUUUUGAUUUGGAGAAGAUCAUCUGGUUAUCAGAAGCCCAAAGUUCCUGUCCCACCUAAGCCGUUGAUUGUUAAAGACCUUGAACCUGAAGUUGAUGAUAGCAAGAAAAAGGUCACCAUCUUUUUCGGCACCCAAACCGGUACUGCCGAAGGAUUUGCUAAGGCUCUAGCUGAUGAGGCAAAAGCUCGGUAUGACAAGGCUGUAUUUAAAACUGUGGAUUUGGAUGAUUAUGCGGGUGAUGAUGAUGAAUACGAAGAGAAAUUGAAGAAAGAGUCUUUGGCUCUUUUCUUCUUGGCUACAUAUGGAGAUGGUGAGCCUACCGAUAAUGCGGCGAGGUUCUAUAAAUGGUUUACAGAGGGAAAUGAGAAAGGGGAAUGGCUUAAGGACCUUCCAUAUGCAGUUUUUGGCCUCGGCAACAGGCAAUACGAGCAUUUUAACAAGAUUGCUAUUGUGGUGGAUAAAAUCCUUGCCGACCAGGGUGGGAAGCGCCUUGUCCCAGUGGGUCUUGGGGAUGAUGAUCAAUGCAUGGAAGAUGACUUCGCUGCAUGGCGGGAAUUGUUGUGGCCUGAGUUGGACCAGUUGCUUCUUGAUGGGGAUGAUCCAACAGGUGUUUCUACCCCUUAUACUGCUGCUGUGUCAGAAUAUCGGGUUGUAUUUCAUGACCCUGAAGAUGCACCCUUAGAGGAUGAUAACUGGAGUAAUGUGAAUGGUCAUGCUGUUUAUGAUGCUCAUCAUCCAUGCAGGGCUAAUGUUGCUGUGAGGAGGGAGCUUCAUACCCCUGCUUCUGGUCGUUCAUGUACCCAUUUGGAGUUUGACAUAUCUGGCACUGGACUUGCAUAUGGAACCGGGGACCAUGUUGGUGUGUACUGUGAAAAUCUAAGUGAAGUUGUUGAGGAAGCACUGCGGUUGUUGGGUUUAUCACCAGAUACUUACUUCACUAUCCAUACUGAUAAUGAGGAUGGCACACCACUUAGUGGAAGCGGCUUGCCACCUCCAUUCCCACCAUCCACCUUAAGAUCUGCUCUGACUCGAUAUGCUGAUCUUUUGAAUUCGCCCAAAAAGUCUGCUUUAAUGGCUUUAGCAGCUCAUGCUACUGAUCCAACUGAAGCUGAUCGACUAAGGCAUCUUGCAUCACCUGCUGGAAAGGAUGAGUACGCACAAUGGAUAGUUGCAAAUCAGAGAAGCCUCCUUGAGGUCAUGGCUGAAUUUCCAUCAGCCAAGCCCCCACUUGGCGUCUUCUUUGCUUCAGUUGCCCCGCGUUUGCAGCCUAGAUACUAUUCUAUUUCAUCCUCUCCAAGCAUGGCUCCAUCAAGAAUUCAUGUUACAUGUGCACUGGUUCUUGAGAAAACACCUGCAGGUCGUAUUCACAAAGGAGUUUGCUCAACUUGGAUGAAGAAUGCUGUGCCAAUGGAGAAAACCCAUGAUUGCAGCUGGGCGCCUAUUUUUGUUAGGCAAUCAAACUUCAAACUUCCAGCAGAUACUAAAGUUCCCAUCAUUAUGAUUGGCCCUGGAACUGGUUUAGCCCCUUUCAGGGGUUUCCUUCAGGAAAGAUUAGCCCAGAAAGAAGCAGGAGCAGAACUGGGAUCCUCCGUAUUAUUCUUUGGUUGCAGGAACCGUCAAAUGGAUUUUAUCUAUGAAGAUGAGCUCAACAAUUUUGUUGAAAGUGGUGCACUUUCUGAACUAGUUGUUGCCUUCUCACGGGAGGGACCUACCAAGGAAUAUGUGCAGCAUAAGAUGAUGCAGAAGGCUUCUGAUAUCUGGAACAUGAUUUCUCAAGGCGCAUAUUUGUAUGUUUGUGGUGAUGCCAAAGGCAUGGCUAAAGAUGUCCACAGAACUCUCCACACUAUUGUGCAAGAGCAGGGAUCUCUUGACAACUCAAAGACUGAGAGCUUCGUGAAAAGUCUGCAAAUGAAUGGCAGCCUUGCUGGGAUUGAAGGAAGUUUUAAGCAAGAGGCUACUUAUGAAGCCUGCCUUUGUGUUCCUUAA